AUGAACUGGGUCUUAGUUAGUUUCGUGAUCGUGUUUGUGAAGCUUGCCCUUUCUUGUGACGAGUUUGACGUCAGGCCGGUUACUUACUCUUCAAGCGAAGCAGUUCUCUCCACUGAAACCGUGAUUUUGAUUGAAGGUGAAGCCAAAUGUAAAGAAAAAGGAUCAUCAAAUUUGUACGCCGAGUUAAAUGGAGUCCUUCAACCAGUUGCCCGUCAUAUUGAAACUGACAAUUUUCAAGUAUCGUUCGUCUUUAAUCACAAAGAUGUGCCUAAAGGAGAAUAUACUGUCCGGUUUUACAAUGAAAAAGGUGUAACGGCUUAUCUGAGGUCUUCAAAGGGUGGUUUUGUAUCUGGCGUACCUCCUGUCUUCACAGUCACCGUUCGACAUAAGGGAAUCUCAUUCAAGCCUGUUGUUUAUUCCGAAACAGUGGCACUAUUAACGAUUAUGUUGAUAGCAUUUGGAGCUAUAAUUACGAAAAACAAAUUCUAG